CACAUUCAUUCGUUGCUGUCGAGCGAAGGAGAAGAGAAAAAAUAAAUUUAUUUUUUUUCUUAUUUAUUCGAUCGAAUUUAAAUUUAAUUACACAAUAAUUAUAAUUGAACUAAUUUCCACUCGCUGUUUUCCUCUUCUGUCUAUUCCAGCGAGCAAUUAAUUAUGUCUGCCGUUUUGGAGGCAGGAGAACCCACAAUUUCCAGCCGAGAAGAUGCCCCCCACGAAGAACCAUUUCUUAACCCCGAUGUAAUUGGUCACAUUUGCAAAUUCCUGGGCACCUCCGACAUCAAAAACUGUCGGCUUGUCUCCUCUCCUUGGAAUUAUGGAGCUACCCCCAUUCUAAAAGUGAGGUCAAGGAUAACCCUCGAAUUUUCGCCGGGAUAUGAUGACGAUGGGCACCCUUUCGGAGCAGAUUUGGGCGGCUGGGACAUUUCCGACGUGGUAAAAAAGCUGGAAUUUUACCCGGGCAACGUCCGUCUAGCGAUUCCAUCCACCGAAUAUAAUCUGCCACCCCCGGAUUUCGCCAUGUUUCCUUUCGACAACAAUUUUAAAUCAAUCUGUGUCCAGUACCCGCUCGGCGAUCAGUUUCAUUGGCAACGAGAAUUAUUUACCAAAUUUAUCCUGUCGUCGUCCACAACUUUGGAACAAUUAAAAUCUGAAUGGCUGGAAGACGAGGUUUCCCUCGAUUUCCCCCUACUGGGGGGCACAGUCUUCCCAAAAUUGACGAAAUUAGGGGUCGGGCGGUACUUCGAUUCUGACGGAGCGGUCAAAAGAAUUGGUCGCGCGAUUGCGGUAUCAUUCCCGAACCUGAAAUAUCUCAAGGCAAAUUGUGACUAUUUAGUGGCGAUGUCAGAGGAUGGAUUAUUACCAAAUUUAUCGCGGUCCCUCACGUGCCUGAAAUUGGGCGGAGAUUUGAACACGAAUGGGUUGGAAUGUCUCCUCAAAAUCCCUGCCAGUUUGAAGAAAUUCGUUUUGGGGAAUGGACACCCUCUUGAGUUUGAAAUUGACGAUCGUGUCGACGAGCUACCAACCAUUUUCUACAAAUUAUUAAAGAAACACGCCCCCACGUUGGAACACCUGGACCUCGACAUGAGCUGGAUAAACGAAGAGGAAAACCAUCUACAAUGGAAAUUUCCCGUGUUUCCCGUCUUGAAAAAACUUUGCCUCGAUUAUGCCGACAUGCUGACAGACGUCGUGUUCGAAAAAUCUGGAUAUUUUGGGCCGAUUAAUUACGCCAUAAAUUUCCCAGUUUUGGAAACCUUGUAUAUUUUCUGUAGUACGAAGGAGGCGUCCAGAGUGGAGGCAUUCCUUCCGCCGGAAAUGAACUGCCAAGUUGUCCCGUCUGUGAAGCAGGUUGACGUGAGGAUUCGUAAUUAUCCAGGUGUACUUGAUCAAAUUAAGAUUUAUGUCCGAAUUAUGGCGCUUUUUCCGAACGCGAGAGAUCAUGUGGUCUCGAAUUUACAGAGAUUACUUAAUCUUGCGUAAUUAUGAUAUGGUUGUUACUCAUUUUAUCGGCAUUCUUUUCCAUUAGUUAUGCAAAUAUGUGUGUGGUUACUUAUAAUUUAAUAAGUUUGUCAGUUUCAAAAGUGUAAAAUAAGUAUGAUAAUGGUCUGCGGAAAGACAGAAAGAUAUAAAAAUACAAGAAAUUGUACUAGUUA